CCGCUGCGGCCCAUGCCCCUCUGCCUGCCCUAACGCCACGUCUACGACUCGCCAUGUCUCCGGCCAUCCGCCGCCUCCCGUCCGCCCCCUCUCGCUGAACAUCCGCCGCCAGCACCGCCACCAGCACCUUCAACCGAGGAGAGACUUGCCUAAAGAAGAUAUUACAAGAGCAUGCAAAAUUCUUUGUGGAUUCUAGAGCUUCUUGAAGAAUUCUGAUUUGGGGGCUUGAGCUUGAGGAUGUGAUAUUGAUGAUAUUUUGUACAGAAGGUUGAUGGGAAUAUUGACUAUGGCGUUGAAGGAUGAAGGUAGCAGUGGGGAUAGGCAAUCUUCCCAGAUUCAGAAUUUGUCGAGGCAAGGGUCACUUUAUAAUAUGACCCUCAACGAAGUUCAGAACCACUUAGGGGAGCCCCUUCAUAGCAUGAACCUAGAUGAACUACUGAAGAGUGUUUUUGCAGCAGAGACUAAUCAGUUAAAUGGUGUGGACCAUGAAAAUCCCAUAGACCAACAUGCCUCUAGCUCUGGAAUCCACCGUCAAGGAAGCAUUACCAUGUCACAAGGGUUGUGUAAAAAGACAGUGGAUGAAGUUUGGCGGGACAUUCAAGUUGGGCCAACUAAAGGUGAUGAGGUAAAGAAAUCAGGCCAUGAGAGGCAAACAACACUUGGUGAAAUGACACUGGAGGAUUUUCUUUUGAAGGCUGGGGUGGUUACUGAGAACAUUAUGAAAGAGGGUAAUGAUUUUAUUGGAAAUUUGGAUCGUGUAGAAAAUCCAGAUCUAACAUCUAGGACACAUGGUUUUACACAUGGAGCUAGUUGGUUACCACAGUUUAAUCAGAUCCCAGCUAUGAAUAAUCAAAUGCAGGGACAGCAAAGCUUGCUGGGGGCUUAUAUGUCUGCCCGUCCACCUCCACAACCAAUAGUUGCUGGUUCUGCACCUAUGUUUGACACUGUUUUCCCUGAGGGUCAGAUGAAUAUAUCAUCACCAACAAUUGGUGGAUAUUCUGAUUCUCAGACACCUGGAAGAAAACGCAGAGCUUCAGAGGACAUAGUAGACAAAUUGUCUGAGAGGAGACAGAAAAGGAUGAUCAAGAACCGUGAGUCUGCUGCACGAUCAAGAGCUAGGAAACAGGCAUACACCAAUGAAUUAGAAAACAAGGUUUCUCGCUUGGAAGAAGAGAAUGAGAGGCUGAAGAAACAGAAGGAGUUGGACCAGAUUCUUAUGGCUUUACCAGUACCCGAACCAAGGUAUCAACUUCGACGGACGAGUUCUGCACCUCUCUAAUAAUUUCAAAUAUAUAUCCUUCGUAGCUCAGGGUGUUGUAAUCAAUCUUUCAAUGGAGACAUAAUAGUUAGUCGACUUUUAAGUUAUGGAGAGCAACAGCCAUGAAUAGUGGUUGCUGCCCCUUUAUGAGCCCUGGUUUUGGGGAAUCAAUAUUGUAGCAGUUGCUUUGUAAAUUGGAUGAGUUAAAGGGGAUGUCCAAAUACACAACACUCAAAAUGUGGUAAGAGGUAAAUGGCAUUAGAAAGUAGAUGGGUAGCUACAAAUGAUUUACUGGCUAGUUGGAAGGAAGUUCAGUUGCAAUUGGUGCUCUUAAAUUGCAGACAAA